AUGGUCCCCCACUCUGACUUUUCUUAUGGCUCAAUGGACUCUAACAGCUCUAUGGGCUCCAGCUCUCACUACCAGAUCGACACCAUCUCAAGCAGCUACUCCUCCACUUCGUCCAUGCCAUCUUAUCCAUCCUUGUACAGCCAAUCCCAACACCUCUCCAUCCACCCUCUCCCUCCCCCAGAUGACGACGCCACAGGCUCCAUCUUUGGCGUCCCGGGCUACGCCGAUCCCGAGCCAUCCCUCGGCGUCUACACCCACCCAUCACACUCGCACCAGCACGCACUGGGCCUCCACCUCCUCCCCGCAGCCGGCUACCCAUCGUCCUAUGACCUACACCACUCAUCGCACGCGCAGCCCAACAACAUGCUCAUCCCAUUGCACGCGGCCCACUUACUUCCAUCGCCGCCCGAAUCGCGGCUGCCGUACGCACUCUCGGCGCAAGAUCCAUCCGAGAUCAACAACGGUCAGCUCCCGGCGCGCGCGCACUCCGCGGCUCAGGCUAGCGCUGCCAAUGGGACUGCGUACGGCGCCGCGGCUGCUAAUAGCGGCAGGUCACGCCACGAGGGCGGGGCCCCGCCACGAGAGCGGGCACGCAAGCAUGGGUGUUGGAUGUGCGAGAAGAGUUUCGAUAGACCGUCGACGCUCAAGAAGCAUCUGCUUGUACAUACCGGGGUCAAAGCCUAUGUGUGCGACAUCUGCGGUCGCCGAUUUGGAGUCGCGUCUAAUCUCAAUCGCCACGUCAAACGGUGCUCGCUCAAGCCAGCCAACGCUGUAGCUGCCGCCGCAGCAAUGGCAAACAACGGAAACACAUCGCCCGCCUCCGUGCCAGGAUCCAUAUCAGACGAGAAAUCAAACGAUACCGAGACACAUUCGUCCAUCGACCAGGAGGGCGGGACAACAGCCAAGCGCUCCCGCACCAGCGACGGGUCGACCAUGUCAACGCUGUCAUCGGCGCUCACAGACACGACGCUCGCCUCUUCCCCCGAAGCGUCUUCGUUUCCCCCCACCAGCAUCGCCUCCACGCAGACAAAACGCAGACGCCGCGCGCCCUCGCCCUCGCACUGGGUCCCGCCGUCCCUGCGCGCCUUCAACCUCUCCCCGUCCGAGGCAUGCCGCUCCACCGCCGUCCCGCUGCCCCCCGUCCGCCCCUGGCUUGGACACAGCAGCGGAUUCAGCCUCCCCACGAGCCCGCUGCCGCUCACGCCUGGCUCGGUGUCGUCGACGGACAGCGCUGCCGGGUUCGCAUCAGCAUCAGCAUCAGCAUCAGCAUCGGGAUGCGUCAUGCCCGCGGACGCGGGAACGCUCUUGGGCUUCGCAUCGUCCGCGUCCUCGUGCUCGCCAUCGAGCACACCCUGGCACACGCCGACGUCCGCAUCGGACUUGCCCUGGCCGGAGGAACGCGACUCGUGGGACGACAGCGCUGCGCGUCUGCCGUACCACCCCAGCGAGUGGCGUGGGCGGCUGCCCGGCCCCGGGCUCGGGUUUUCGGGCGACGAUGCGGGGUACGGUGGGUAUGGUGGGCACGGCGGAGGUGGAAGCGGUGGUGGUGUUUCGUCGAGUGGGCUGAGCGGGCUGCCGGUUGUGGCGGGCGGAGGGCUCGUCAAGGCACAGAGCUACGUGGUCGGGAGACUCGUUAUGCCCGUGACGUGAGUGGCGGGUGUGUAGUACAGUGGAUACCGAUUUUUUGUUUUGUUUUGUUUUUUGUGUUUCAGCGGUAUCGUUUCUUGGGACGUUUCUUGCGCGCAUUGAGUUGUCUUGGCGGUUGUGGGUGCAUGUUUAUCUAUUUUAUUUUCAGUUUCUUUUUUAAUUGUUUUGUUCUUCUCUGGCGAGGAAGGAGAAAUCAUACACACGCUUGAUGUUUAUCUUGAAUAUUGACGCGUCGUAUUUGUAUUUGUAUCUACCUUGCUUGUUUAUGUAGUUCUACACCUGAGUCCC